CCCAAGGAAAGCGCGCCCCGACCGGAGGAGACGACUCUACCCAAUACCGAUGCGACUGACCCGGCGAUUGAGCUGGGGCGGUUUGCACUCAAACCGCGAACCAGUCGAGUGGGCGAUCAGGAGUUACCAUGGAAGUUGAGUCUGUCCGGACUGGGCGGAGAUACUGACGAGCAUGAUGAGGCUGAAGUGACGGUGGAAGAAAGAGACAGGGCACGGAGGGAGGCCAGCGAUGUACUUGUAUCUGCCAUCACCACUGCCACCACCAUCGAUCAGCAUCCAAUGCGGAAACCAAAACCAACACGAGAUACCUCAUUUGGAGUCUCCCCCUCUUCCCUAUCCACAAUCCCAGAAUCAGUCGCAUCUCCGUCAAUAUUAUCCCCGUCUGAACUUCCACAUCGCGACAACUCGUCUACGACAGCGCUAGUCUCGUUCUCCGAUACUGAAUCACGCAUCUCUCCACCCCCGUCCCCUACCCCAAACCCGGAUACGGGAAUCAAGACCGCAAGUUUAUGCCGAGAACCUACCUGCACCGAUACUCCUCCGACAGCAUACCCCAUUCCAACCCUCAACACUCCGAAAGAAGCAGGAAACGGAAACAGCACAGCACCCAAUGGCCCCACACCCCAUACACAGACAAACUCACAUCCCCACCGCCCCGCCCCACCCCGGGCCCUCGUCUCCACUCCCAUUGAACUCCCCGUCCCCGCAGCAGACGGAGGUGAUGAUCAUGAUAGUGAUGCUUCCAGUGAACCCGAAAUUAUCAUGUCGAGUACGGCAUAUCCGGGGCAGGAGUGGAGGCCGGUGGGGUAUAUGGGAUAUGAAUCGGGGAUAUAA